AUGUCCUCAUCAAGCAAAAAGCCAUCGGAAGCCGAGAUUACCCAACAAUAUAACAAGUACAAGAAUGAAUUGCAACAGCUGGCACAAAAGGUCGGCGAGUUGGAAUCCGAGGUCGAAGAACACAAGCUUGUGAUUGACAGCAUCUCGCCACUCGAACCUGAUCGCAAGUGUUUCCGUAUGGUGGGUGGUGUUCUAGUUGAGCGCACUGUCAAGGAAGUCCUCCCAGCUCUACAAACAAACUACAAUGGCAUUCAACAAGUCAUCCAAUCAUUAUUGCAAUCCUACAAACGCAAGGAACAAGAAUUUCAAGAAUUCCAAAAGAAGCACAAUAUCCAAAUGGUCACCAAAUAG